AUGGUUCGCUCUUUGCGUUGCUACGCUACACUUACAAAUUUGUACAAGUACAGAGGAGGCCGCAGGGAUACCGCUGCUACAAAAGUACCCAUCGGCCCCUUCAGCCGGUUUCCGCAUGAACGAACAUGGAGGCAGCCUGGAAAGCUGUACAGCGCAAGAAAGAGCCCAGGCGGUCGAGCUGCUGCUUGCUGGCAGAACAAGGGCCAGGGCCAGGGCCAUGGCCCGCCAAUGCCAAGUUUGCUGCGAUACGGCGCUGUCUUAGAGCUGGAUGGAAACAGAGGUCUGUUAAUAAGUUAUCCCCCGUACCAUAUGUGCAUCAAUACCGUGCUAGGUCAGAUCGCUGGGUUUGAGAGUAAGCUGCAGGUCAAGGUCACAUCGCAAAUGGUGAUCAGGGUCAAAAUUAGCCAUCUGUUUAUGGCUAACCUGGUAAACGACAAGGCCAUGGCAGCUCCCAGUCCCAUAUAA